CUCCAACGACUUCCUCCCUAGCCACGAUAUAAAGAAACGAAUUUUCUUGUAUUCUAUUAAAAUAUCCAAGAUCAGUUUCACAGUCUCUGUCUCAGGGAUAGAGAAACCAGUGGGAAAAGUCAAAUAUCGGAACAGGCGCAUCCGGCUCCGUGGCGAUGGAAUAUCUAAUUCGCUUCGCCCAGCUCCACGAGACCUUCCGGCUGCCAGAGCUGCAGUCUUUGGCCUCGUUGGUAGGCACCGAUCUGGAAAUCGUACAUUACGAUCCAUGCUCACCUUACUGUAUCAUAAAACUGCCAAAUGAAGAUGCUGCGCGCGCCGUGAUCGCCCGCAGCAUCCUUGGCAAAGAGAUCUUCGAGCUCUGGACCCAAGGCAGCACGUACGAGGAACUGCACGCCAACGUCCGCGGGCGGACACAGCACCGCUGGGCGCAGUUCAAGCAUGAUUCAUUCCGGUUCACGGUGGACGGCUACGGCGGCCACCGCAGCUUGACUGAGAAGCGGGAGAUCAUCGGCACGUUCAACUACAUGGGCUUCGAGGGACCCAUCCGGAUGAAGAACCCAGACCAGGAUUUCUGGAUCAUGGAACAGUACACGCCGGACUUUUCGCCCGAUUCGCUCAUGUCCGAGUCGAAGGGCGAGAAACGGGGCGAUCCCAAGAAGAUCUACUUCGCUCGCUGGAUCGGCAACAGCAGCCGCGAGGCGACUAACCAGUAUGAUCUCAAGAAGCGCCGCUAUAUCAGCACGACGUCCAUGGACGCCGAGCUGAGUCUCAUCACGGCGAACAUGGCGCACGCGGGGCCGGGGAAGCUGUUUUACGACCCGUUUGUCGGGACGGGGGGCUUUAUCGUCUCCGCGGCGCAUUUCGGCGCCGUGACCCUCGGCUCGGAUAUCGAUGGGCGCAGCUUUCGCGGGAAGCAGAAGAAGGGCGAUCCGCCUGGUGUGUUCAGGAACUUUCAGCAGUACGGCACGGAGAGCAAGUUCGGGGAUGUCUUUACGUCGGAUAUCACGAACACCCCGCUGCGGGAAUAUCAGUUUCUGGAUGGCAUCGUUUGCGAUCCGCCUUAUGGCAUCCGCGAAGGGCUCCAGGUGCUAGGCACACGGGAAUCGCGCCGUGGGAGGAACGCUGCGAAGGAGGAGAUUAUCAUUGAUGGUGUUCCGGCUCAUUAUCGACCGGAUUACAUCGCCCCCAAGCGACCCUACGGCUUCGAAGCCCUGCAAAACGACAUUCUAGAAUUUGCCUCGCGGACGCUCGUUACGAACGGUCGACUGUGCAUGUGGAUGCCCACCGCCAGCGACGAGGACGGGGAGCUCGCCACGCCGAUGCACCCGAAUCUAAAGGUCAUUAGCGUGUCCGUGCAAGAGUUCAACUUAUGGGCCCGCCGACUUAUCACUUAUCAGAGACUCCCCGAGGGCGAAGUCUCGGAUGUGUCGUCUUCUAGACAGCUGAAGGAUGGUGAGACGGGGUAUACUGCGAAUGAGUUGAAUGCAUUCCGGAAGAAGUACUUUGAAAAGAAAAAGGAGAACAAGACUGGCAGUGAGAAGGGAAGCCCAGCCUCGCGGUAAGCUACUAUUCAGAAGAG